GAGCAAUGGCGUGCAGCUCCACUGUUGGCACAACGCCCUUCUGUCGCCAACCGCUGCGUCCAUCGCCGUUCCGUUACUUCCUGAACCGUCUCGCCCUCGGAUCCGUCUCCAUUUUUAGAAGUAUUUUGCUCAUCCUCUUCAUCAAUUCAGAGAGGAAAUGGAAAAGUGGUAUGGAAACACAGGCUUGCCCUUGUCUGGAGAAGUGCUCGUUCAUUCGGAGACGUGGAAUCCUGCAGAGGGUUCCAUGGCAGUAGCUCUCGAAAGUCUUGAUCUGCAUGGACUUCGCUUGAUAUCUUCGUCUGUUAUUGCUAUGGAUCGUUCCGUGGCUCAGUGGCACAUGGUUCGAUUGAGAGUUUCAACAGUGUCACUAAAAUGACCAUUCACGGAGUCAUGAGAUGUUCAUGAUUAUGAUGUUUGAAUGGUCGCCGGGUUUACGGAACAAGUUGCUCGACUCGCCCUUUUCAGUUCAAUUCUUGGAUGCUCAGUCGUAAUUAUAUCGAUGAACUGAGAUGACUAUGUUCGAGGAGAAUGUUUCUUUCUACUAUUCAUUAUGUUAUAUCCUACCUAUUUCGUGCACAGAAACCAUUCUAAUUUCUGCAGAGCUUGCGAGAAUUCAAAAUUGUAGGAGAGCAUGGACUUUAGACUCAGUUCAGGCGUGGGAGCAAGUACUAUGGUGUGGUCUUCCUGUUUGUAAUACGCACUAGGCAGCUCAUUUUCUAUUCAAGAUUGGACGCAAACAUAAUAUUGUUGUGCGUAACCAACUCUAAGCGUCGAGUUCUUUCAAUUUCGAAAACAUGACAGAUGUUCCACAAAUGGGACAACAAGCGGAAACAUGUCGUAUUUGUCUAGAGUCGUCUACAAUCGCCAACAGCAGCACUGGCAGCAUCUCAAGGUUUACCGACGUAGAAGACGAAGAUCGCCUAAUUUCACCGUGUGCUUGCAGCGGAACUCAAGCCUACGUGCACUAUAGAUGCCUGCAGAGAUGGCAGCAAUCAGUGUUGGCAUCCAGGAGGACUGGCCCGGGAUUGCAAAGUCCAGCGCUCAUAUGUUCCGUGUGCACACACAAAUAUUCCAUAGCUCCGCCACAACCAACGAUGAUUUCUCGAAUAAGGAAAAUCUGCACCAGUUAUGCAUGUGAAGUCACAGGUCUCCUCAUCAUCUUGAAUGCGGCAUCUGCUCAGAAACUGAACACGUCCAGCUGCAUUUUAAUCAGUUCUCUAUCAGUCAUUCUCGGCGCUGUCUUUUUUUGUUGCUUCCAGCUUGCAUGCUAUGUGGCACUGGCUGGCCACAAUUUACAAAGCCUUAUUGAUGACUUUGAGAGUGGUCUCGCUCUCGCUAUCGAGGUAUUGCCAUGCAGCCUUCAGAUGAAGGUUUUGGAAGAUAGUUGUAACUCCAGAACAUGCAAGAGAGGCGGAGAGAGCAGUGCUGCAAUUGGAGGGGUUACUGUACCGAAGUUAAAAAAAACUAACCCACGUAGCGGCCCCUGCAGCACUUUCAAAUUGGGGAGCAGGUGGUGGAAUUCCUCAAACUCGUUACAUCCUGGCACGCUAUUAGUGGCUACUCCAACUAUGUUAUCCCCUUACUAUUUUGGCACUGUGGUGUUACUGUACGAGCAUGAAAGGUGCAGAGGUUCCCGAGGAAUUAUACUGAACAAACAGGCCGAGAAGGCAGAGAUUCUCAAAUGGGAAAAUCAGCUUUUUCUGGGCGUUCACAAUAGUGCCGCAUUGAGGCACAUCACACAUGGUACAGGUGGAUCCCACAAACCAGAUGACUGGUUUAUUUUGCAACGAUGCUCCCCAUCUCCCGUGAAGUGUAAACAUUGUGCAGCGGAUACAGCGCGACCAAAGACUUGUAGUAAAGACUGGGGAAGGGAAAUUCUUCCUGGCAUAUUCUUGGGCAAAGAUGUAGGACCAGUGUUACGGCAUCUAAAUGGUUGUAAGAGAUUAAGUGUCAUGGGCCAACAGUGUAGUGUGAAGGCCGAAAGCAUCAAGGAAGACAGAGUGAGGAAAAAUGAAGAGUGCUAUUAUGUUGAUCACCAGGUCAUACAUGGUCAUGCUGAGUGGUACGUUGGGCAGUUGGGAAGUGCUGUGAAGCGUGGGUUGUGGAAAACAAGAGAAAACGCUUCAGCCAUUCUUCUGUCCACGCCCCCUCAUGAACUAUGGCAUACCCUUCUCUCCGAAUAGCCCAUUGUCGUUCUGAAUCCUCAAAAUUUGGAAUGAUAGGUAAUGUAAAUAUAGGGGUUGUGGAUCCACUCAACCCUCGGCCGCCUUCUUUUGUCAUGCUGUAUCCCUUCAAUUCUUGUUUUCAUUUGGAUAUCUCUUAUCCACAAUAGCUGCGUACUUCAUCAAGAGAUAAUGUUCAGAACAGAGAAUUAGUUAAGCGGCUUCACUGCAAGGACUUGGAACGUCAACGUGGUUAGGUUUUGUCGUUCCAUGAUCCGGGCCGUAGCAGUCUUACCACGUUGUCAUGUCUCACAUGACCUGAAGGAGUAGAUCAUUCAGCUGGCAGUUUUGCAGACAAUGCUACGGUCUGGAGACAUAUAUGACUAUCCUCCUUCAACAGACCUGCACAUUGCUGAUGUGUAAUUAACAUCAUAUGAAUAAACCUCCUAUUUGAAAUUGAAGGAGAUUUUUAAAUCUA